UUAGAAUUUAAAUAUUAUGAUAGAGAUGAAGUGGAUAAGCAAGCAAAACUUUGGAUAGAUGAAGAUAAAAAGCAUCCAUGGGUAAAUCCCUCUCCUAAGAUGAAGGUGACAACAAACAAGGGCAUUUGCCAUAUACACACAGAAUUGACGGUUGGCAGGAUUCCUGAAUCAGUCUACUUAGUGUUUGCUAAUCCACUCAACAACCAAUACUUUAAAGAAUUCGACGGGAAAAAUUUUCUGGAAAGCAAACCAAGAAAACUUUUGAGGAAGGAUGGACCGAGGCGGAUUGCCGAGGUAGAGAAAAUUGUAUCCUGGAACUUCCUUUGGUUGUCUAGAUCUCUCCCAAUAAAACUAAUUGUCGAAGACAACCAAAAAGAUCUUACGGGAAAUUACAAGAAAAAGAAAGUGAAGUUCAUGAAAGUAUUCGAGGGUAGCUGGAAAGUGGAGCCAUUAUUCAUAGAUUCGGAACGCUUGUGCAAACAAAUCAAGCCAAAGGGUCGAGAAGAGUACAAAAAAUGUAGUGGUGGACGAGGAAGGAUUGCAUCGAAGGUGACGAUCGACCAAUACUUUGAGCCUUCUUCUCCUCUUAAUCUGCCA